AUGGCUCCUCGCACCAAAGCUUCGCAGAAGUUCAACAACCUCGACCUUCUUCUCCAACACAUUCGCAGUGUUAUCGAAGGGCGUUACGUGCUCUAUCAGGAGUGCGUCACCGCAAUCACCCGCGCGGCAGAGCGUCGUCAGGACGCUUCUGCCUGGUUUGAGCAGCUCGAGCAGCUGGUGAUCGGUAUAGACACAGUCGCGUUCAGUCAUGCUGGCUUGGUCUUCCUCCUUCGGGAGUUGAUGAGAGCUCCGACAGCAAAUGAGAUGCCACCUCCUCCACUUCCUCUCCGCACCACCUCAUUCCGCAAGAACCAACUGUCCACGACGAUGCCGCCCCAAUGCUACGCGCUCCCAUCCUCGAAGGCACCAACUCCCACAUCCCCUCCCACAUCCCCUCUCACAAACUCCUCCAACGACCCUAUCUUCUUCACCGACCCUCGCUUCAAAUUUGAAGUCAACAACCUCUGGGAAAACCCGGCAGGCAGCAACAUCAACUUCACGGGCUCAAGCGCUAUUGGCUUUAACGACAACUCCAGCUAUAAUACGCCAAAUGACUUCAUCCCGCGCUACAUCCCCGCCGACGACGAUAUGCAGGUCUACAAGCAGCAUUGUCAGCGCUCUGCUGAGAGACAAGAGACUGUGAUGGGACCUUUUCGCGACAAGGAUGGACUGCGGGAUGUAGCGCGCCAAUGA